ACAUAUAUUAAUCCAUAAUACCAAGGUUGUUUCAUAGUAAUUUAAAUAUUUGUGUAUUUAGUUGUACUUUUCCUGUGUGAAGUUUCAAGCGUGGUUAAGUCCAUCAUUUUGCAUAACAUUAUUGUGACUGCACAUAUUUGAAUCACAAGAGGGCGCAACUUGUCUAUUCCUGCCCUUCUAUACAUUUCUAUAUGCAUUAUUGGACUUGGUUUAAACAGCUCCCAUGGUAUUAAGUCAUUAAUUGAGAGGCAUUACAGAUUGACAGAUUGUUGUGGGCGCUUCCAAUGCAAUUUGUAUUCUAGUGUUGAUCGUUGAGAUGGUGUUGAUUCAGUCACCUGUGGCUGAAUAAAGUUUCACAGUUUUAAGCCCUCCCUACUAGGAUAUAGCUUCGUCUGAUUCGCUUAAAGUGCUUCCCAUCAUCAUGAGAACCCGUUAUUUGUCCUCCAGCGUUCUUAUAACCAGACUGUACCACCAGUUUUGAGGUUUGGGUUAUAAUUAAAAGGUAUUAUGUAACAAUUUUAACAAUUUAGCAAUAUUUUAAAGCAUUUAGAGAAACAUCAACCCACAGUUAGAUAUUUUUGUUGCUUCGGAACAUAAUGUUACAUUUUAAAAGUAGUCAGGAAAUAUACCAAUAUAUAUGACUGUUGAUGCCCCCCUCUUCAAAGUUUUUGUUUGGCUCUGUUGAGAUUCCGUUUUUCAGAUUCGAUCGAUUUCUGUCUUGCAGAAGUUAUUUAGCCAACAACUUAAGUGCUUGACACAAAAAUGGGAAACAUUAAAGUUUCCCAUAUAAGACUCAUUAUCGAUGUUUAAGCCAACAAGAUAAAAGCACAAGAAAUACCAGAAAGAAAUGUAGGUAGCGUUAGCAAGCCAGUUAACGUCAGACCAUCAGCUAGCAGACAACGAACGGCGUUACCCGGUGUUUAGCUAGCUGGCUUGCGACGGCGUUAGUAUAACUAGUUAAGGGUGUUGUUGUUGUUAGCUAGGCAACAGUUAGCUCGCUUCAACUAGGCAAAUGUCAGAAUAAACAAUACACUGACUGCUUCUAUGUUCCACCAGUAGCUAGCUACGUGUAUAUUUAGCCAGGAAGUUUGGUUAGCUAACUAACGUUAGCUAUCUUGUCAGUCAGGUCUCUGUCGGCGAGCUGCCUGCUGUGUUGGCAGCAGGAGUGAAGGGUUUUACUUCUCAAAAGGAUGCUGCUAAUGGGAUCCUGUGAAAAAGUGGAUUUUAAUAUCGCUCCUCGCACUGUCGCUCGGCUUGUCUUCGAAGCCGAGCAAGAUAAUCGAAAUGGGGGAAAUUCAUCAAAUGGGAGGUAGGACUGAAUGCAACGGUUAACCGUUUAAAAUGUGUGUUGUGCAAUCAAUCAAAUGUAUUUACAAAGCCUUUUUUGCAUCAGCAGAUGCCUAAACCCCCAAACAACAAGCAAAUCAAAUAUAGAAGCACGUUGUUGGCAACUUCCUCAGAGGCUCUGAAGAUAAUGUAAGCUUGGCAAGCCAGUUAGCUAGGCUAAUUUUAGCUAACUAGUUACAAUACUAAUGUAUUUUUAUUGUACCGACCAAAGACUAGUUAGCUAACUAGACAGACUGUAUUGAAUACAGCCUGGAUACCGUUACUGUAUUGAAACCCGUUUGAAGUUGUGAAUAUUAGCAACCCAACUGUUACCCAGUAACUUCUUGGCCCUGCCUGAACAGAAUUGUUGUCAUCAAUGCCACGAUCCUAUUUUAUCCAUGAAUUUGUGUCAUCAUGUCUUUUAAGACUGGAGCCACGUUAGUAUUGCACCUACGGAAGCAUGAUUUGGGGAAGUCCUUUCUGUUGAUUAUUUAAUGCCCACCUGAAUCUCUGGUGUGUUUAUUGCUAGUUUACAAGAUAUGGCUGUGUAUGAAGUAAAGAUGGAGAGGGUCACACGAGUAUUACCAUUGAUUACUCUGAGCAAACAAGAGCAUGCCAAGAUUUAUCUUGCGCAAACAGAUGAGCAAAUACACUGUGGGGCAACAGGUGCCUGCAUUGAAUUGGUCAAAAGCAGCUAUAUAUAUAUAUACACACACAUUAUGUAUGUCUGACAAUAUAAUCUAUGUUCGGCAUCAUCAGUGCUGGCCAUGACUGACUGGCUGAGAUAGUUGAUUUGGCUAUGUCGAUUAAAAUCGCUCCACCAUUUCCAGGUUGUCUCAUUUCAGUUUGUGACAAAACAAGCGAUUUAUAGUGUAGAGAAUCAUUGUACCAUCUAAACCUCUGUGAAAUUUUUUUUUUCCAUUAUCAAAAAUGUUGUAUUUUCAGCUGUUUUGAAGCUGGUAUACAAAACCGAAAGUAAAACGGGAAGCAUAGAAAUAGCACACACAGAACAGAUCUACCGUUUCUUAGACAUCCUAUGUGAUUUUUGUCUGGUCGCCCAAAAAGUUACAUAUUGCAGCUUUAAGAAUGAAAGGAGGGGAUGUUCAUGUGGUUGAGCUGGACCUUGAGAUUUGAAGGAGGGGACAUGUUGGGGUGUUUGAGCUGAUCUUGGAGAUGGGAUAAAGGAUUGUUGUACGCAUUGAAUAUGUUUUAUUUUUAUUUUUAAGUGCUUGAAUAGCAAUAAUCUCUCCAUUUGACUCCCAAGUGCGCACUAUAAUCACUUUUACUGACUUAAUACCAGAAGGGAGCAAACCUGCAAAAUCUGUCUAACAGCAAUUUCCAACCAAACAAUGCAUCAAAAGCAAUCAGACACCACUGAUAUUGGACACGGAAUACAUAACUUCCAUCGAUCUGUCUCUCUGAUGAUCAAUAAUUCACAAGCCACCUGUGUCAUGCUGUACUUCCUGAUACCAUUUGAGGUCAGAUCACAAAACCAAUAGAAAUAGACAUCAACAUGUAUCAAAGUAACUGGGAUCAUCUUUUGUCCAGAAAACUGAUUUUCUACCAUCUUAGUUUUUUUCUGUUUAUUAAGGCAGAAUUAGACUGUUAGCCAAUACUACAGUCUCUCUUCUCAGCCCCCUGCUACAGCCGGACAUAGAUCGUUAUCUCUCUCACUGCAAGUUCAACUGUGAAACUGCACGCCCUGUGAACUUGGCUCAAGGUAAAAGGGAGAGCAGGCGCAUCGAAGGAGAGACGGGGACAUCGGACAGAGGGAGAGUUGCAGAAGAAGAGGAGGAAGUGAGGAACAAAACUACAGACUGACAAAAAGAUGCAAAGAAGCCCUACGCACAGAGCAUGAGGUGGAGAGUUGGAAAAGAGAAGACUGCAUUGUAUUAAAUUAAAUGAGGGCCCCACCCUGGUUGCAACAUUAUUGACUAAAAUUAGCGGGUGAAGCUAAACGGCUGUAACCUAGUGUCAUGCUCUACAUUACCAUGGAGAAUAAAACCUGCCUUCCAUAAUGGGAUCUUUCAUACUGCACCAUCUGGAUGUCACUGGAAACACGAGGUACAUUCACAAAUGUUAGCCUAGCUGGUCUAGGACCAGUCCACAAUUGAUUUGUACCAAAAAGCUGUGAUCGGAUCUCAGACCGACUUCCUCAACAUCCUGACUUGUCUGCAUCAUUCAUCUGGGUGUUUUGAAGUAAAACAAUUGGUCUGAAGAAGCUCUGAGAAUGAUGACCAUGUCUGUGCUGGCCACCACCGGACCAGAAAGCAGCGGCUCCAUGACGCAGCUCGUCCCCAUCCCCACGCUGAACAUCCUCCCCCCGUCCUCAGACACCGAUGCCUGGUCUCGUUCUCCCAGCCCCCGGCCUCCCCGCCGCCGCCACCGGUGCUCCCGCCCCCCCCGGAGCAGAGCCUGGACCAAGAAGAGGAGCGAUGGAGAACAAGAGGAGUCACUCAAACCCCGGUGGGACGGCACUGAGGAGGAGGGGAGGUUGAAGGGGAGCGCUGCUCAAAGAAGCCCCUCACGUCUCCCUUCACCCCUCUUGCCACCCCACGUGGAGGACGCGGUCCUGGGCCCUUCCUCGGACCUCUUGCUACCCCCGUCGUCUCGCACCUCCUGGUCACGUAGCUCGUCUCCCGGCCGGCGUUCACGCUGGUCCCUCAGGAGUCUGCUCAGCAGGGAGUCUGACGGGGACAGCUGCAGUACUGCCAGUAACUCUCCGCGCAGCACCCCUGGCAGCUCCCCCUCUCUGCGCCGCCGGGUGCUGGGGGUUAGUGGUGGGGGUGGAAGCAGGACCAGCGACGCGGAGGGUGGCCCGGGGGAGCGCAGCGGGGAAAGGAGGGGUUCGGACAGCCCCCUGCUCUCCGCCUCCGCUUACCCAAUCGCCUCGCGCCAUUUCAGCCGCAAUGCCAAGAAAAUGCAGAGCUGGUACAAUGUUCUCAGUCCCACUUAUAAACAGCGCAAUGAGGAUUUCCGUAAACUCUUCAAGAAGCUGCCAGACACGGAACGCCUCAUAGUGGACUACUCAUGUGCGCUGCAGAAAGACAUCCUACUCCAGGGGAGACUCUAUCUGUCAGAGAACUGGCUCUGCUUCUAUAGCAAUAUCUUCCGCUGGGAAACCACUAUCACAAUCCUGCUGAAAGAUGUGACCACCCUGACCAAGGAGAAGACUGCCAAGGUCAUCCCCAACGCCAUUCAGAUCAGCACUGACCACGACAAGCACUUCUUCACGUCUUUCGGGGCUAGGGAUCGCAGCUACAUGAUGAUUUUCAGACUGUGGCAGAACGCACUGAUGGACAAGCCUCUGUCCCCAAAGGAGCUGUGGCACAUCGUCCAUCAGUGUUACGGCACUGAGCUGGGCCUCACCAGUGAAGACGAUGACUAUGUGUCCCCCACCGGCGAGCACAUUAACGGUCUACUGCCAGUGGAUGAGUCAGUCUCUGUCUCUGACCUGUUGGACCUCAGCUCCUUGGGGGCCAUAGCUUCUCUUGGUAGCUCGCCCCCCUCCUCCAUGGCAGCCUUGUUCCCCAGUGGCCCCCUCCUAGCCAGUGGUGGUCUGGGCUCAUCUCCCCCCUCCUCAUCCACCUGUCUGCCCAUAGACAUCCCCGGCAGAACCUCCCUAGACCCCCCGGACCCCAGCCCGCCCAGCUCCCAGAUGUCCCUGCCCUCCACCACACACUCCACACACACGGCCUCCUUGUCCGCCCCCGCCUCGGCUGCUGCCUCUUUCUAUGUGGAGGAGGGCGGGGACAGCUUGUUGGAGUCGGCCAAUCAUAUGGUGCCCCUGUCUGCCACCAGCCUGGGAAACCUCUCCUCAUUGGACCAGCUCACCAAUGACGACGAGCUGCCCACCGACCCCAGCAACUCCUCAGACACACAGGAAGAGGACGAGGUGGAGUCGUUCUGUGCGGACCUGGCUGGCCGGCUGCACAUCAACAUGGUGGUGCGCAUGAGCGUGGACAAGUUGCACGACCUGCUCUUCUCCGCAGACACACACUUCAUCCAGCAUCUCUUCUCCCAGCGCCACUUCACAGACCUGUCAGUUCGUGAGUGGCAGCAGGACGGCAGCAGUGGGAACACCAACCGGAUCCUGAGUUACACCAUCGCCAUCAACAACCCCCUGGGCCCCAAGACCGCCCCCGUAGUGGAGACGCAGACGCUGUAUAAGAACAGUGCCCCGGGCGAGUGUUACGUGGUGGACUCGGAGGUGAUUACCUCGGGCAUCCCCUACCAGGACUACUUCUACACCGUGCACCGCUACUGCCUCACCUCCAUCAACAAGAACAAGAGCAGACUCCGGGUGUCGUCAGAUAUCUGCUACAAGAAGCAGCCGUGGAGCCUGGUGAAGGCGCUCAUCGAGAAGAACACCUGGAGCGGCAUCGAGGAGUACUACAGACACAUGGAGAGUGAGGUGUGUAAGCUGGAGACCCUGCUCCAGUCUGAGGUGUCAGUGGUGACCUCUGGGGAUGUGGUGGGGGCAGACUCUGCCAAGACACCCCCGGCCCUGCGGCGACGGAAACGCACCUGCUCCCGGCGCCCGGGGGACCGGGAGAGAGAGGGAGGGGGUGCAGGAGGUGGAGAGCGUGGGGACCGAGGGAUGGGAGAGGAGCGGAGAGAAGCGGGUGGUCAGUACAAGCACGGAGAGCGGUGGCGUGGCGGAGGCAGCAGCAUCUCUACCAUACUGCUCAUAGUCAGCUUCAUUCUGGUGGUGUUGGUGGCCCUCAACAUGCUCUUGUUUUACAAGUUGUAUUCUCUGGAGAGAGCUGCACACACACUGGAGACGUGGCACUCCUUCUCUCUGUCUGACAGUCCUCUACCCCAGUCUGCAGGAGAGUGGGCCCAGGUGUUGCAGCUCCAGAGACAGUUCCACCAGGCCCAGCUGGGCAAAUGGCAACAGAUCCUCCAAUCCUCAGUCACUCUGCUAGACCAGAUGAAACAGUCGUUGGAAAAGCUCCACCGUGGCGUCGUCACUCCAGAAGUCCAGCAGGAUCCCCCCUCAAACCCCACUUCAGAGUCUCUCACUGAGCACUGAUCCUCCAGCCAUCACCAGCCCUCAAGUGGGUAUGAAUAGACCACGGGGGAGGUAGCCAGAGGGGGAGGGUCCGGCUGGGCCAAUCAGGGAGAGUGACUCACUCUCACCCGACCCCGAAGCUCCACUCCUGCUUCUCUACUCAAAACAGACAGGGAGAGAUGUGGGGGGAGUGGGAAUUACCUGUAAGGGGAUCUUCACUACCCAUAACUCCCCACGCCUCAGUUUGAGCAACCUGCAAUGGGUUUGGGGGGUGAGAGACCUUUGGGGGGACUACACUACCCAUAAUUCCCCACACCUCAGUCCAAGUUCCACCUUCCAUAGUCACCACCACCUCUCACGUCCAGACAGUUAGACUGGGAAUGUCUUCAGGACUACAGCAAUAAUAUUGUCAUUACAUUACCAUAUCUCCCACAGUCAGGGCUAAAGGCUGGCCAAUUUGUAUAGUACCAUCUGCUCCUCACAUGCAACCAACCAUGCUGCUCUCCCUGAACCAUCUCCCCUGCCUGAGCAGCCAAGAUACAUUUUCAAGACAGACCAUCGACUACAUUUCAGCAUGUGCAGCCCUGCUGCUGCAUUUCAAAUGGAUAGACUCGGGUCCAACGCAUUUCAAAUGGAUAGACUCGGGUCCAACGCAUUUCAAAUGGAUAGACUCGGGUCCAACGCAUUUCAAAUGGAUAGACUCGGGUCCAACGCAUUUCAAAUGGAUAGACUCGGGUCCAACGUAUUUUAAAUGGAUAGACUCGGGUCCAACGCAUUUCAAAUGGAUAGACUCGGGUCCAACGCAUUUCAAAUGGAUAGACUCGGGUCCAACGCAUUUCAAAUGGAUAGACUCGGGUCCAACGUAUUUCAAAUGGAUAGACUCGGGUCCAACGCAUUUCAAAUGGAUAGACUCGGGUCCAACGCAUUUCAAAUGGAUAGACUCGGGUCCAACGCAUUUCAAAUGGAUAGACUCGGGUCCAACGCAUUUCAAAAUGGAUUGUCUUGACUUGGUCCGACUGCAUUUCUCAAAAUGGGCCAACCUGGAUUAACUUUGUGUUUCAAAAUGGAUGCAAAUUGGGAGCUUUCCCAGCCCUGAGAAACAGCUAUGGCUCUGUUCCCAGCUGAAGCCAGCCUAGGGGACUUAUGUGCCUCGGUGUGAGGGGUCCGCUCAGCUAAGUCCCCCUUGAGCCUCCGGAAAUGAGGGACACAUGAGGAGAGCGGGACGAGAGAGCGGAUAGAUACAUGAGACUUUCUGUAAUCCAACAAUUUUAGUCGUUCUUCCUUUCUCUCUUUCUCUCCAUCCAUCUGGGAUCAGCAGCUUCCAUCUUAAAGGCUUGAUCUCUGACAAAGGCAGUCCGUCCUCUGGGAGAGUCAUUUCAAAACCAGACGUGAAUAAUACAAAAAGACUCAUAAACCCUCUACGAGCUCAUGUUUAUCAUUAGCUGUCUUUUUGAGGGUGACUGGGUCGUUUUGGGAAUUGAGAGAGAGAGCGAAGGAUGAUUGUGUGCGCCAGACCAUUACAGUAUUUAUUUUACACGACUUUGAUUUCGAAAAGUCCUGUCCCGCUCUCAAAGCGAGUGAAUUUUUUUUCCCUUCUAUAUGCUCUGUGUUAAUACUUCAGCACGGACCAAGAAAGAGCUAUAAAGUGAAUAUUCUAUAUUUCCUGGUCAUAGCAAUAAUGAUAUUUGGUGAUUUAUACUACCUUUUGAAUGUGUAAAAAGUAGUAUGUCACUAAAGUGUGUUUAGGGCAAAAUGAGACGAGCAAGCAAAGAUCUGGAGUUGGAGAAGAAGACGGAGAAGUCUAUAUAUUAGAAAGAAGUGUCCUCAUCGUCACAUCGUCACUGUUACAUUUGGUAUUAUUAAGAUUAGUAUGAUUAUGACUUUGUUUGUUUGUUUUUCCGCACUCGGUCAACUUCUAAUUGUAUUAUUUGGAUCGGACUUGAAGUGUUUCAGGGUUACCGACUACUCUGUAGACCAGUCUGCGGACCAAAUAGCACCCCAUUCCCUUUAUAGUGUGGUGCACUACAUAGGAAAUGAUGUGCCGUUUUGGGACGCAGACGCCGUAGACCAGGUAAACCGAGAGAUGCAAUAAACUAGUGACUUUCUAGUGUAAACUGGACUGGAUUUAAAAAAGGACCAACCAGAAGUCUAGGCCCGGGAAAAGAUAAAGGGAAUCUAUUGCAGUACUGUGUUUGUGAGUUCAAAUUGAUAUGUUAUUCCUUUUCAUUUUAUAUCUUCAUUUUGUAGUCUAUCCUGUUUUCUUGUUUUUGUUUGUCGUAAGGUCAUUUUAUUUUCUGCCCCUCCCCCCCCAUCUGAUUCCCCCUCACUGUCUAUCAUAAACCAUUUCUCUUUUCCUAAUUGUUUUCCUUUUCAUCCCCCUUCCUAUUGUCUUUCACUCAUCCUCCUCUCUCUUUCCUCGUUGUGCUCCCUGCCCCCUCUCUCCUUCAGUCUCUCGCCUGUGCAAGUGUGUGAGCCUUGCUGUGCACGGCCAAACAGUGAGUGAUCAAAGGAUGUACUAUAUUUAUUAGGGUCAGGGAGGGAGGGGGGGGGAUGGUGGUCGCGGGGAGCAAAUGUACUGUAAAAGAUUUGAUUGUACACAAUGCCCUGAAGAGAAAUGAAAAGCUCUAAAA